AUGCGAUCGUUGUUGAUAGCGAGCAGACAAAGCCUCUUGCGGCCGGCGAGAGGUGCGCGCAACAAGCCGGACAAGCACAAGGAUGACGGUAACAGGGCUGCCCGGGCGACAGAGGAGGACAGGCGAUCGGCGCGCGAGGAACCUGUCGCAGCAUCAGACACCAACGCGGUUCUUCUCGUCAAUGCCCAGAUGGAGGCUUACAACGAGCCCAUCCCCAACAACAUUCCACCGGAGAAGCGGCUGCCCAUGGUGGAGAAGAAGCUGAUGCGGUUCAUGGUCCAGUUCGAUGACAAGGUGCAGAUCCUUGACCUCAAAUCGGGACAGACGAUCAUCAAGGAUCGCAACCUCUUCAUCAAGAGGUAUACUUGUGUCUUCAGGGAGUCCGGUUCGAAGCUUCAGGGGUCAUGCUUGAAGCGAUUCUACUUCGAUUCAUCAUCAGGUCCAACGUAUUGCAUUGACUACGAGAUGCAUGAGAGUCUGGUCACGGCCAUGCCUGGCACACCCCCUGAUGGCAAGCUGGGUGUACGUGAGCCUCGAACAGAACACUUGAUUGUCAUGUACGAGGAGAAGGGUGGGAAGCUAACACGCAUGUGGUUGAG